AUGCGCGAAGUAAGAUACCUUUUCCAGUCAUCCAGCGUAGCGGCUAAGAGGGUAGAAAAUACCGCUCCCGAGCAGGUAACCCGUUCAAAGUCCACAAGCUUCGAUGCGGCUCUGCCCACGGAGGAUGGCAAACCCGCUCCGCCUGCUAUCCGCGCACUCGGUGACGCGCGCUACGCUCGCAAGUGUAACCUCGUCACCGGCGAAGAGCGUCGCGAGGUCACCGGCGCCAACCUCUUCGCGUGCACGGUGGACAUGUGCGACAUGAGGACACUCCGGGACAUCGCCAUCGUCGACGAGAUACAGAUGAUCGCCGAUCGCGAUCGUGGCGCUGCAUGGACAUCCGCCGUGCUCGGUGUGCCCGCGCGCGAGGUCCGCGGGCUCCACCUUUGGGGUGAAGAGGCCUCGGUGCCGGUGGUCCAGGGGCUGAUGCGGGAGACUGGCGAUGAGCUCGUCGUCAAUCGAUACGAAUGGGCGAGCCCUCUACGCGUUGCAGAUGAAGUGUUGGGAGACCUGUCCAAAGUCCAGAAAGGCGACUGCGCCGUCGCGUUCAGCCGGUCGCACAUCUUUGCGGCCAAACAGGAGAUCGAGUACCGCACCAAGCUUCGAUGUGCGGUUGCGUACGGACGGCAGCCGUCCGAGGUCCGCAGCGAGCAGGCCGCGCUGUUCAACGAUUCCAACUCGGGCUUCGAUGUGCUCGUUGGGUUAGGUUAUACUCUUUGGAACGGUGGUUGUGUCAAGCAGACACCCAUCUUAGACGAAUACGAGUCUUCUGUCUGGUUUCCGGUCUUUGUGCAUAUCCAUGAUAAUGCACAGGAGGGUGAAGAUCUCGCAGCACCAUCUUCUAGUCUUGAAUACAAAUCCUCCUCCUGUCUCCUCUCCCUUUAUCGCGUUCAUCUCUGUCUAAUCUCCUACCUCCCCGGGACCUCAUAUUCAACACUGGCACGCGUGCGUAGCAAUAGCAUGAAGUGA